AUAAACUGUGGGCUUCAGGAUGCGGGCUGCUGUACGGACAGCAGCCUUUCCGGGACCAGUGGUCUAAAAGAUAGUGAAGAAGAUGAGUGCUCUGGGAGACACAGCCUGGACAGACUCUGAAGGCUUCAGAGGCACCAUGAAUGCCGAGGAGGACGCCAAGUGGCUUCAGUGGGUGACGCACCAGUUUAAGACCAUUGCAGGAGAAGAUGGGGAAAUCAACCUGCAAGAUUUCAAAAAAGCCCUGAAGGUGAAAGAGUCUUUCUUUGCUGAGAGAUUCUUCAUCCUGUUUGACUCGGAUGGAAGUGGCACCAUCACACUUCAGGAGCUGCAGAAGGCACUGACCCUGCUCAUCCACGGCAGCCCCAUGGACAAACUCAAAUUCCUCUUCCAGGUGUAUGACGUCGACGGCAGCGGCUCCAUCGACCCUGACGAGCUGCGCACCGUGCUGCAGUCGUGCCUGUACGAGAGCGCCAUCUCGCUGCCCCAGGAGAAGCUAGACCAGCUGACGCUGGCGCUCUUCGAGUCAGCCGACAAGGACUGCAGCGGCACCAUCACCUUCGAGGAGCUCCGAGACGAGUUGCAGCGCUUCCCCGAGGUCAUGGAGAACCUGACCAUCAGUGCUGCUCACUGGCUAACGCCUCCAGCUCCCCAGCGACACCGGCGCCAACCUCGCCCGCUGACCUCUGCCUACUGGCACAACCACCGCAGCCAUGCGCUCUGCCUGGCCGUCUUUGUGGGCCUCCACGUGCUGCUGUUUGCCCUGGCAGCUCAUGCCUACCGGGCCUUGGGAGCCAGCAUCAUGGUGGCCAAGGGCUGCGGCCAGUGCCUCAACUUUGACUGCAGCUUCAUCGCGGUGCUGAUGCUCAGGCGCUGCCUCACGUGGCUCCGGGCCACGUGGCUGGCUCAGGUCCUGCCGCUAGACCGCAACAUCCAGUUCCACCAGCUUAUGGGCUACGUGGUGGUUGGGCUCUCCCUGGUGCACACCGUGGCCCACGUGGUGAACUUCGCGCUCCGGGCUCAGUCUGAGGCCAGCCCCUUCCGGUUUUGGGAAUUCCUGCUCACCACGAGGCCUGGCAUCGGCUGGGUCCACGGCUCGGCCUCCCCGACUGGCGUGGCUCUGCUCCUGCUGCUGCUCCUCAUGUUCGCCUGCUCCAGCUCCUGUGUCCGCAGGAGUGGCCACUUUGAGGUGUUCUACUGGACUCACCUGUCCUACCUCCCCAUGUGGCUCCUGCUCAUCCUGCAUGGGCCCAACUUCUGGAAGUGGCUGCUGGUCCCUGGCACGUUGUUCUUCCUGGAGAAAACCAUCAGCCUGGCAGCGUCCCGCAUGGCAGCCCUGCACAUCGUGGAAGUCAAUCUCCUCCCUUCCAAGGUCACUCAUCUCCUCAUCAAGAGGCCCCCUCUUUUCCACUACAGACCUGGUGACUACUUGUAUCUGAACAUCCCCAGCAUCGCACGCUAUGAGUGGCACCCCUUCACCAUCAGCAGUGCUCCUGAGCAAAAAGACACCAUCUGGCUACACAUCCGGUCGGAGGGUCAGUGGACCAACAGGUUGUUUGAGUCCUUCAAGAAAUCAGACCCAGUGUUAUGUGGUCCCAAGAGGCUCUCAAGGAGCUUGGAGAUGAAGAGGAGUCAGAAGAAGCCCCGGGACUUGCAGCGCCAGCCCAUCGAUUUCGGAGCCUCAGCACAGGGUGCAGUAGCCUCCAACAAGGAGGUGAUUGUGGAGCUGACAUCCUACCGGCCGCGGGGAGCUCCGUGGCAGGGACACGAAGGCCUGGUGAACACGGGGACAAAGGACAGGACUCAGGCACAGAGAGAAGCUACAGCCCAGGACCCGGCCCUGGUCUGUGAGAUGCCCUCUGAGAACCACCAGUUCUGUAACAUCAAGUGCUACAUCGAUGGCCCUUAUGGGACCCCCACUCGCAGGAUCUUUGCCUCCGAGCAUGCUGUGCUCAUUGGUGCAGGCAUUGGCAUCACACCCUUUGCCUCCAUCCUGCAGAGCAUCUUAUACAGACACCAGAAGAGAAAGCACGUUUGUCCCAAUUGCCAGCACUCCUGGAUGGAUAGUGCUCAGGACGAGGACAUGAAACUCCACAAGGUGGACUUCAUCUGGAUUAACCGAGACCAGCAGUCUUUCGAGUGGUUUGUGAGCCUGCUGACCAAACUGGAGAUGGACCAGGCAGAGGAGCCACAGGAGGGCCGAUUUCUGGAGCUGCACAUGUACAUGACCUCUGCGCUGAGCAAGAACGACAUAAAGGCCCUUGGUCUGCAGAUGGCCCUCGACCUCCUGGCCAAGAAGGAGAAGAAGGAUUCCAUCACGGGCCUCCAGGCACGCACCCAGCCUGGGCGGCCUGAUUGGAACAAGGUGUUCCAGAAGGUGGCUGCUGAGAAGAAAGGCAAAGUGCAGGUCUUCUUCUGUGGCUCCCCAGCUCUGGCCAAGAUCCUCAAGGGCCACUGUGAGCAGUUCAGCUUCAAGUUUUUCCAAGAGAACUUCUAGCCCUGCCCCUCCCAGCUCUGCCCCAACCCACUGCCUGCCAGCCUGAUCAGACUGCUGCUAGUGCCUUGCAGGGACCAGCCUCAAGAGGACCCAGCGAAUCCAGCUUCACGUGCAGAACAGGAGGCCCUAGGAGGCAGACGGACUUCCUUGAGAGCCCAGGGAGAGGGCGGGGCCUUGUGGGGUGCUGCUGUGAGUUUGGGAAUUGCUGUGAGGCUGGGCAGACUUGGCUGGGGGGUAGAGGGGUGGAGGUGACAUGGUUGAGGGGUACAGGGGGCCUUCCCAGACCAACCCCUUCUCCAGAAGUCCUCUGAGGACAUCUUCCCUCCUCCUACAGUUGUCCCAGACCCACCUGAUCAUCACGGUCAUUCUGGAACUUACACACACACAGCAUUUUAUUAUGAAAACUUUCAAACAUACAGAAAUUUAAAGACUUGUCCAGGGAACAGUGUUACCCACUGUCCGGAUAUCCUCAGUUAACAUUUUGCUAUAUUUGACUUAGUACGUAUUUUCCAUCUCCCCUUCCCUCUGUUCAUCCAGGCUAUCCUAUUUUUCUGAUGCAUUUCAAAGCACACCUUACUACUCAGAGGAACUUUCUUUAAAGGUAGAUUCCUGGGACCCAUGCCCAGAAAUUCUGAUUCUGCAGAUCUGGGGUUGAGACCUGGAAUGUGUGUUUUAUACAGAAUCCAUGUCCAUAGGGAGUGAUGAGCAGCUAAUUUUCCCUUCUCUUUAUGUUGUUGUCUUCCCAUCUCUCUUUAUAUUGUGUCCUUUUUCUUCUCUCUGCCUAUCUCUUUGUAUCUCUCCCCUGUGUGUGUCCCUUCCUUACUCGGCAUGAUGCUUUUCCCUUCUCUCUACACACUGAGUCAUUAGAGAAGUGGGAUGGAGACAGAGUCUCUCUCCAUGGAGGUCACAGAGAAGUCCGGUGCCUGAGAAUCUGACAGGUUGUAACUUGUAGCUCAGUUCUGCUGUGCCCCAGUGGUGUGGCCCUGGAAACCUCCCCAAGCUUGUUUCUUCAUCUGAAGGAUGGGCCUGAUGCCCCACCUGCCUGAUCACUGUUGCUGGGGGUGAAAUGAGACAUCACCAGUAGUGCUCAGGACGUUCAUCCUCUGUCCCUGGGUGGCUCUUUAUUGCUCCAGCAUCUGAGUCUCUGCAUCUUCUCUCUACUUCAUGAAAGU